AUGGGCGAGCACAACCUCCUCAAUAGUGGGUUUGUGGGACCUUUGGUGAACAUCCACACUGGAGACGCGUUUUACCUCCACAACUUCCGGUCAUCUGCGGCUCUUCCUUCCCUCCCUUACGCGAGACGGGACAAUGUUUGGACUCAACCGGAGCCGUGCAACGGAUACAUGCAGCCGUUUUUUGGCAACCCGGUGUCCCUAAACCCCACGUUUAACCGAGCGUGCGAGAUUGCGCGACAGGAAGAGAGCAAAUGCUUUUACAGUGGAAGUGGAGGUGGAGGAGGUAACAUCCGGGAGAACUGUGCCAACGUUAAACGAGAUGACAGGGCGAGAGACGACUCCUCUGUGUCCGCAGUGAGAGAGCACGGACUGGCAGAUGCUAGCAUGAUGAGCUACGGAUAUGUUGUAGACCAACUGAACCAGAAUCCUCCAUCCUGUCACUCCAUGCAAUCGGAAUCUGGGUCAUCGCACCACGAAACAGAAAAAGGGUCGUGCAACAUCGCUCAUUCCAUAGCAUCUCAUGCAUGCAGCACAACCCAAGGUGGAGGUACUCCAUGGUACCCGGCGCACGCACGGAACCGCAAGAAGCGAAAGCCCUAUUCCAAAUUGCAGCUGGCCGAGCUCGAGACCGAGUUCAUGCUCAAUGAAUUCAUAACGCGGCAACGGAGGAAGGAGCUUUCGGAUCGACUAAAUUUGUCCGACCAACAAGUGAAGAUCUGGUUUCAAAAUCGACGCAUGAAGAAGAAAAGACUGAUGCUAAGAGAGCAGGCUUUGUCUUUCUUUUAGUAAAAAAUAAUAAUAAUAACAAGGGGGGAAACCGCAAAGAGCAACUAAGCAUACAAACAAACAAAUCCAAAUUAAAUAACUCUUACAGUAUAAAACUGACACCAGUGGUGUUCGUUUCUGCUCACGUGAGUUCAUUAAAAUACUGAAAGGGGUUAAUAAAGCACCGUGGGAAAAGUGUAAAUUCCGUUAUGUUGGCUAAGUAUUACGAUCCCGGGUGCUGGAUUAUAAACUACAGCGCUCGUAACUUGCAAAGUAUUUCAGUGUUGAAUUGCCUCCUCUAAUAUUACAUUAUUAUUUGGCCAAAAGUGAGAACUGUUAGCCUUCCAUUUAAAACAUAAAUUUUAGACUAGAAUUAGACUGGAAUGGACUCAGAUUUGAUCAACAGAUUUAGUAAACGUCUUACUCGAAGAUAUAUAGAUCCCUCAACUACAACUGAGUGUUUUUUCUACCAGGUUCCAAAUAUAAACUUUUUUUUACCUAAGCAUAUAAAUUCAAAGAAUUCACAAAAAUGUAAUUAUA